AUGACCGGUACGAAACCAUCAAUAGGAGCAUGUACGCUCGUGGCCAGGCGGUACCGGCGCGUUCAAGCUCGGAUUGAAUUGCUCGCCCUAAGGAAGCUCGUCACAGAGGCCGGUUCGAUGAAAUUUUUCGCGGUGUUCGACGAUGAGGAUGGGGGGAUCACCGUCGUCACUCCGCCGCUCAACGGCACCAUCCUGCCCGGAGUCACGCGUGAAUCCGUGCUAACCCUCCUCCGCACGCACGCCGCCUCUCCCUCCUCCGGCCUCCUGACACUCCUCGCCUCUCUCCCGCGUCUCGCAAUUGAGGAACGUGAACUGACGACAGACGAGCUCAUUGUUGCGGCGCAAGCGGGCCGACUCCGCGAGACGUUUGGCGUAGGGACGGCCGUGCUGGUGGUCGCCGUCGAGCGGAUCGGUAUCUCUGAAGGCGAGCGGGAAAUCGGUAAGGUGACGGAUAUCGCGAUGAGCCACGGGAAGGGACUGGGGCCCGUCGGCGAUGCGUUAUACGAGAAGAUCCUCGCCAUUAAAGAUGGGAGGGAACAGUUUGAAAAUUGGACGGUACUUUGCUAG